AUGUCGCAAACUGCGGUGCCUGUGCCGGGGUCUUCUGGGGAAGACGAUUCCAGGGCCAAACCAGCUAGGGCUGAUGACUUCUUCAGUCCAUCAGGCCGACGAGCUGGCUGUUCUGAGGGACAACAGUUCCGCCUUUUUCAGCAGUUCCUGCGACAGCAGGAGAUUCGUUUAGCACGACGGGACCAUCGUCGUGAAGACAGUGAUGAAGAUCGGGGGCACGAGGCGCGAGUGCCGGACCUCCACCGGAGUGGCAUGGCCCUACUUGGGGGACGACCUUUGAAGAUUGGCUCAUUAGAGCCCGGCUAUGGUUGGCGACAACAAAGGCCAAGCCACGAGAGGAGCACCUUUUGGCCUCCCCGUCAGAGGGGCAAAUCAGAGAACUGGCAAGAGGUCUUUGAGAGAUGGGAGACUGCCCUGUGUAAGGUGAGAGUGCAUAGCAUCACCCUGCCAGAGGCCUACCUGGGUUUCUUGUUCAUCAAUGGGCUCAAGCUGGAGGAGAACGAGGUGAAGCUUGGUGCGGAUGCAGUGCGGCGAUCUACAACGACGAGCUCCUCUACUUCGAUCAUGUACACCGAGAACAAGGACCCGAUUGUCGAGCACGAGACGAUUGACGACCUCUUCGACCAGGAGACUGAGGAGCAUGUCUUGUCUGAACUCAAGGACGAUGGCGAUGAUCCUCAGCUACCAGAGGAGUUGAGCGAGGGAGAGGCAGCAGAGAUUUUGCGCACCAUGAUCUCUCAGAGGAGAACCUAUACACAGUCCAUGAGGCAGAAGAAGCAGGCAGAGCUGUUGCGUGGCUAUGGCAAACCAUUCGAGAGUCGCAACACGGGCAUUCCUCAGUCAGCCUUUCGACCUGGAAGGUAUCAGAUCACCGUCGGGGAUUUGAAGAAGCCCACGAGGUGCAAUCUAUGCCAUGAGAAGGGUCAUUGGAAACGAGAGAGCCCCAAGAAGAAGGACCAGACGGCGACUUCUUCGGAUACUCACUAUCUCGAGAACAACAAGUUCGGCAGCAACGAGGAGGCCUUCUUCUGUGGCCUACUGGAAAGCCCUAUCAGCUGA